AUGGAAUCCCAGUCGGCUACAAUCAAGCAUCUCGAGACAACCGUUGGGCAGCUCUCCGGGACAUUGAACCAGAUGCAACAGCAGCAACAACCAGGGAAGCUCCAUGGACAAGGAUUGCAGCCCCACCAAGCUCAAGCUGUCACUGUUUUACGCAGUGGGAAGGUGGUGAACAACAAAGUGGAAGCCCCCGUGGAAGAACCACCCAAGGAAGCCCGCAUGGAAGAGCAAGUAAAGGAGCCGCUGCAGCCAAGAGAGGAGGAGAAGGAGCCCGAAGUGAAGCUCCACAAGGCUGCCAAGCCAUAUAAGCCACCGGUCCCCUACCCAAGCCGGUUGAAGAAUGAAACGCUGGACCAGCAGUUCACCGAUUUCUACAACAUGUUGGCAAAGGUGAACGUGAACUUGCCGCUGCUAGACGUGAUCAGGAAUGUCCCAGCUUACUUGAAGUUCUUCAAAGAGUUGGCCUCCAAGAAGAGGAGGUUCGAGGACAACGAGAAGAUUUUGGUGUCCGAGGUUGCAAACUCCAUAAUGCAACAGCCCUUAUCGACCAAGCAACGAGACCCAGGUAGCUUUGUCAUUAAUAUUGCUUUGGGAAACGGUAAGGAGGCUUCGGGGAUGUUAGACUUGGGGGUUGGAAUCAACUUAAUGCCUUACUCUAUUUUCAAGCAAUUAGAGUUAGGAAAUUUGAAACCCACUCGUAUGUGCUUGCAAUUAGCCGAUAGGUCGGUGAGGUAUCCUCAUGGGGUAGUUGAAGAUAUCCUUGUUAGAGUGGGUGGGUUGAUCGUGCCUGUUGAUUUUGUUGUUUUGGAAAUAGGAGAGGUACACGAAAAUGGCAAAGAACAUACCCUUUUGCUAGGAAGACCAUUCAUGGCAACUACUAACACACUGAUAGACGUUAAAAAUGGCACCAUUAAAAUGACUGUGUUAGGAGAGUCAGUGUCUUUCUCUGUGCAUCAUAAUCGAGCCAUGCCAUCUUCCUCACUCACUAAUGAAUGUUCUUACAUUGAUGCUAUUGAUGGCUUGGCCGAGAUGUUCUUUGUGCAGGAGCAAGAAGUUAUUGAGGUUUUUGCAGGGUCCGCGGACAUGGAAGAGUUUGCCCGUGAAGACGAAAAAAGAGAGCGGGCCCGUAGAGCUAAGUCCCCAUUGAUGAGGCCGUGGUGA